UGAGCUUGUGGUGAUCCCUCAUCUGCGUCAGUGCUGUGUAAAUAGAUGACUGUAAUGCUAGCAGUAAACCAGGCUAUAUAAGCAAGGGAGGAGAAAACUUCACUCUAUUACUUAACCUGGACACUUCAAUUCAUUGUUCUCGCUGGUCUGAUUUUUAAAUCAGAUCUUACCUGAAGCGAUGUAUAGCGGAAUCUGCAUCUGUAUGUUCUUUGCUGUGAUUACUGUGAGGUGUAUAGGACAGGAAACAGCAGGAUCUGACAAUGGUGAUCCACUGGCCACAGAUAUAGAGCAGAGGCUCACAGCUUAUCAGAGGACAGCACGUACAUCUCCAUCCAGUGGGCAACUGAAACCUAUCCAAAGGUUUGACGGAAAUGUUGACCAAAGAACAAGCCUUGCAAUGCUAGCCAAAUAUCUUCAACAGAGUAGGAAAGACAUGAAGAACUCUGCAUACCAUCAAAAGCGUUCCACCCAUCCAUGCUAUUCUUAUUUUAAGCCACAGGACUGCAAUUUGCAUUUGCUUACUCAAGGGUCAAGUGGUAAUAGAUACUCACUAAUGGGAAACAAGGUACAGAGCCUGGACCCCAACCACCGAAUAAAGGACAGAGACUACAUGGGCUGGAUGGACUUUGGCCGUCGCAGUGCAGAAGAAUAUGAAUAUUCGUCUUAAAACAACAAAAAAUUACAACAUAAAGUUAUACCCACAUCUAUAUAAUGAAAAAUGGAAAACAACUUUUAAUUCAUUGUCUUUUGAAAUCAGUGUUUAACAAAUAUACAUAUUUAUGUUUUCUGAUGCAAAUUUGUUUGUAAAACUAUAUGAUAAAAUAUACAUAUGCAGAUUUUGCAGAAAA